AUAUUAUUUAAUAUUAAAUAAUAUUGUAGCGCUUGACGGGUAAAUUUCUGAUUUCAUAAAAUCGUGAUUCUACAAGUUGGCGCAUACCGGCAAAUAUUAAUUUAGAUUAUAAAUUAAAUAUUAAAUCUUCAAUAUUGCAUCCGACGAGAUAAGAAAAUUAAUUUAUUUCAUAAAAUUCCUUUUUCCAUCACGGUCGCCGUAGGCACGUAAACACCGCUCCGCUUCAGCAGAUAUCGAAGCUGACGCUUUCGUGCGUCUCGUCGAGGAAAGGAUCUCGUGCGAAUCCAGAAACGCAGGACUUUCCAACGCGAAACACAAACGCGUCUACGCGAGAAGUUUCCGUAUAGGGCCUCGCGACCUUAAAUGGUAGCUUGCUAUCAGGUCUCUUUUACCACUUUUUGGCGAAGAAAAACGCGCACGUUAACUAGCCAUGGGAGCAAUAGCGAAAAGUAACUUUCAUACUAAUUACACAAUGACUCUCACACUAAUUGCACAAUCCCCCGUUCAAACACUUUAGCCUCGCUUAUCUUUUGUACAAAUUAUAUAAGACGCCCCGUAACACAAUAUAGUCUAAAUCAUUGUUUGCGAAAAUGUUACUUUGAAUUUAAAUGAAAGUGAUUCCAAAAGAAUGAACAAUAGUUUUCAUAAAGUAGUAUUAAAGCACGAUAUUUAUCCUUUUUUAUCCCGCACUUCAAUCAAUCAAACAAUGGAAAGAAAGUUGAUUAUAAAAAUUGAAAAUAAUAGGUUCGAUCGGUAGGUACGUCUAUUUAGUAAGGUCCGCAUAACUUUUGAGAAAGAAACUUUUAUUGAAUAUUCACAAAUUUUGUAGAGUCAACUAGAAGACGUUGAUCAAAUUCUUACAGUUAAGUCUAUCAUUCCGAUAAAAUUUCGAAUCCAAUCAGAAGUUCUGUUCUCAGCAAAAUACAUUCUAUCGUGUACGUCUUGCUGAUACAAUCAAAACAUGUAUUUGUCUCGAUAAAGAAUUCACAUUUUUUUAUAAGAAUUAAGAAAUAAUCGCACAAGUUCCAGAUCUCCGAUAAAAAAAAUAUUAUGACUCAUAAACAUAAGUUUUAUCGAGAUUUAAGGUUGUGCAAAGUUAUGGGUGAUUCAGAGGGAUCAAAACCCGUCUGGAAAUGGCAUCACGAACAAUUAAUAAUCCGAUGACUAUUUGCACAUUUGCCUGAUGUCCCCUUGCCAUUUGUUAAAAAGAAUGUCCAAAAUUUUCGUUGGCCAGAUAUUUGUCGAGCGUUAUACGUGACCAUUCUAAAUCUUCAAUUUCUAUAUAUUGGCGCUUAGCCAUAAAAUGCAUGCUUAGCGCAAUCAUAGUGCGCACGCUCAUUCGAUUGUCGUGGAAAGUGCGCGGAAACUUCCCCUCGAUAACCACGAUUUUCAAGAAUGUGCCGUAAUGAGAAUCACGGUCGGCCAGGUGGUGGGAUUCGUUUCGGCAGGCACGCACAGAAAUAAAUGUCUUAAACGCAGUCGGAGCCGCGUCCGGUGAGUCAGUGCGGCAACGGUCAAGAUGGCGAACGCCGUGACGAGAGUGGUUCUUCGCUGCGAGGAGGCGCAGGAGAACGAGAGCCUCGACUUGUCGGAAUGCCAGCUCAUGCAAAUCCCAGACGCGGUCUACCAUCUGAUGCGACACACGGAGUUGAAGAGAUGCGACCUCUCUGGCAAUGUAAUCACUAAAAUCCCGGCAAAGUUCGCUGUGAAAUUCUCAUUAAUCACCGAAUUAAAUUUAAGCCACAAUCAGAUGAGCAAGCUGCCCGAGGAGCUGGCCGAACUGCAAGCUCUGGAGAGACUUGAUAUCUCGCACAACACUUUCAUUGCUCUACCAUCUGUCGCCUGGCGGCUACCGCAGCUUAAACGACUCCUCGCCAAUAAUAAUUUCAUCAUCGAUAUCGACGUAGAGAGACUUAGACUUGCGCCCGCCCUGGAAUUCAUCGACUUGCAGGCGAAUCCGCUACCACCGAGAUUGCACGAUCUCCUGCGCACUCUGACCAGGAUCACGAUCGAGCUUACUCCUCGACAAAUCGAGGAUUGGGAGGACUUGAACGUUUAAACCGAGCAAGAGCGGCCCAUUGCACGACGAAAGACGACGGAGAGACGAUGAUUCCGUCACCCGGGUUUUCUCGUCGUAAAUUGCUCAAUAACUAGAUGUAGAAUCGACUUUUGUUCAGUGAUAACGCGAACUGUGUGAUAACGGGUGCCGCGGAUCGCCAGUUGACACGGAAGGUCCGCUUGUAUCUUUUGUAAAUGUCACUAGUGAUUUGUACUUAAUUACUGCGGAUCUGUCAUUGAUCUCGUGGAGAUCGAUCGAUCCCUCGUUUUUUCUUUUAUACCGCGUGGAUUUUUAAAUUUUAUCGCGAUACUGGUCAUGAGCGACGCUAUUGUGAUAUUUGAAUAUUUCAAUAAUCGAAUUCAAAGAUUCUUGGAUCUCAUUCAUGAAUUUUUGAGCGCUACUAGUUCGAUUUAUAUAAUCAAACCUUUGGAUUUUAUAUAAAUAAAUUUAAAUUGUUUGAGGGAUUUUUCUAAAUCCUCGAAUUUUUUAAUCUACGUAUGUAAAUGUGUGAUCUCUGAAAUACGAAAGUCUCGGAUCUACGAAACUCAAGACUUGAAGAAAUAUUUGCAAAAUAUUAUCAUCUUGUCGUUCAUGAAUACUUGUAUCGACUGUAUUUUUAACGUAAUUUUUGUCCGUCAACGUUACGUUUACCGCUAUGGACUGCCGAUAUAUAGAUAUAUAACAUAUACGUAUAUACAUCAUAUAGUGCAAUGUUUUUAAUAUUUAACAUUUUGCACUCGACUAUCAUGUGAAAAUGUGAAAAUAUAGCAAAGAUAUAAUUUAAUGUUAUUGUACUUUUAUAAAAUAUUAACAAACAGUAUAAAAAUUCUGUCGCAAAUUACAUUCUGAGAACGUUUUCAAAUUUUACAUUCAUUCAUAAAUCAAGUGUAAAAAAGUUAACAAAUUGAGUUCUAAAUGAAUUCUGAUUUUGUAGCUCGAGUACAAAGUGUUAACAACAAAUGACAAAAAUAUUAUUAAGUAGCUCUUAGCGUUUGGAUAUACGGUGUCCCGUAAAAGAAAUGCAGAUUUGCAAGCGUAAGUUUGCAAACGUUUUCCGUGAGACUAUGCGCGUCCUACGCACUGAAUAGUAAUUACAAUUGUAAAUUCGUUUUUUUUUUCCUAUGUUUUUGAUCUAGUCAGUCAUUCUUGGACGUACGGAUCUCGAGAUUUACAAACACGUAGCUUUGUCGCGUUUCAGACUGACGCAUAAUGAUCCAUGCAUUUGAAUAAUUUCACAAAUCUCUUGAAUAUAUGAGUUCUUGAUUUUUAAAUUAAGAAAAUAUAAAACUGGUAAAUCUGUAAAUCUCUCUCUCUUUCUCUAGCUUUAUAAAUCCACAGAUCCGUAGAAAUUUGAAUAUAACCGUGAAAUAUCUCAAUACACAGCAAGAGUAACACGCAUUUUUUCAAUUAUAUUUUGCAGGACACUGUUCCUAGUCUGUAUACUCCUAUAAUUACAAUUAUAGUGAUUACUAUAUUGCAAUUUGUAUCCUAUUUAUACGAAUGUAUCCUAUUCCCGUGAAAAAAACCUGCGUUACGGGUCGAAGGUGUUGUUGGUCCGUAUUUUAUAUUUAUUCGUCAGUUGUUAAAAUUUUGUAAGAUAUGUGUCACAAUUGUAUAUACAAUCUCUGACAGAAGAAUAGAAACUGCGCAACGCUUUCAAAACGGAUGGACAAUUUUACUCUUAUACAUUUAUAUUCUGUAUUACGUAAAAUAAACUAUCCGAAAGUUGUCGAGCCAAUUUUUGAUACGAUGCAUGUAUCACGGCUGUUUAUUAAUAGAGAACGUACUACGGUGCACUUACAGAACGUAUUAGCUUCGAUGGAUGGAAGGUCGACGCUCUACCUUGAUUCAUUAAAAUAAAUCAUGUACGAAUGUAUAGGUGUGCCAAAAAACAUGUUUGAAAUUUAAAAAAAGAACUCGCCAAUUAAAAAAUAAAAUAACAUCCAAAGAAAAGAAAUCUCGGAACUGUUGCGUUUUUAUCUAUCUCCGAUUUUACAUUCUGAAUAAAAUGUUUUAUCUACAGCUUUAAUUGUGCUAAUCAAUAUUAAUGCAACUAAUGCAACUCAAUUGAUUUCUCUUUUUUAUAAUUUUAUGAAUUAAAUGAGCUUUACAUAAAGUGUAAGUAGACAUGAAUUUACUCACCGAACUGCUGGUGCUUCAUCGGUUCACGUUGAAGCUGCACGCGAUUUCGACUUCGUCGCAGAUACUCGCUCGCGUGAUCGCAAAACGCAGCUAAUUAUGAUCGUAUAAUGACUGUUCAACAACUUUGAUCAGUACUAGCGACGUUUAUUCGUACGUGCAAUUUAGUUUCGAUCAUUAAAAAACAUAAAACAGCAUAACUUUGUUCAGAAAUGGACGCAGCGCGAAACAAAGAUUGCGACGGCGCACGCAUCAGUUCACUAGUUUUAAUUGCACUUUUUAUAUUUUUGCAGCUUCUUUGAAUAAAAUUUUCGAAACAAAAUAUAAA